GAAUUGAAACUUCCCACAAAGAACUAAAUUCUUAUGACUAAUUAUGUCCCACUUGAGAGAGGACAUGCUUACCCCAUCAAUGCCUAGCAAAUCUCUGGAACUAUAUCUUCAAAACACACACACACACAACACACACACUAUUAUCUAAUAAGUGAUUAUGGGGGGCUAAAUGCUGAUGAGCUGAAUUUUGAGCUUUGUGGGGGCAUGCCACUACCGCAGAGUCAACUAGCCGAGGAGGGAAAGAUCGGCAAAAACGCGGUGCCGAGGAAAUGAAGGAUGGUGUUAUAAAUAGGAGGCAAAAUAAGCCACCUUUGGCUGUCUCAGAAUCAACAAAUUAAGAAGCCUUUAGGAAGUGAGGGCUAGCUUUUGGUUUUGAUACUUCUACAGUUCAGUUUGGUCCAACAAAAAGCAAGCUAUAUUAUUUUGAGGAAGUCUAUAGAGUAUAGAUAGUAGAUACACAUAUUUAUAUAUCAAGGGGGAGAGAGAGAGAGAGAGAGAGGGAGGGAAGACAGGGAAAGGAAAAGAUGGAUAGAGAAGGGACAAGAAAGGAUUUCAAAGUAGAAUCUGUGUCUAGUUGUGUGGAGGAGAUCUCUGUAGAUUGGAGAGGCAGACCCUGCAAGCCUAGCAAGCAUGGUGGAAUGACUGCAGCUGUUUUUGUCCUUGGCCUCCAGGCUUUUGAGAUGAUGGCAAUUGCAGCUGUUGGGAACAACCUCAUAACCUAUGUAUUCAAUGACAUGCACUUUCCUUUGUCAAAGUCUGCUAACAUAGUAACAAACUUUAUAGGGACUGUUUUUCUCCUUUCCCUCCUUGGUGGGUUCCUGUCAGAUUCUUAUCUUGGCAGCUUCUGGACCAUGUUGAUCUUUGGUUUUGUGGAGCUUUUUGGCUUUAUAUUGUUGUCUGUCCAAGCCCAUCUCCCACAACUGAAGCCACCCCAAUGCAACAUGGUGGCCAACAAAGGGCAAUGUUUGGAAGCAGAAGGAUACAAAGCUUCGAUAUUCUUUGUAGCACUCUACUUGGUGGCUCUAGGAAGUGGGUGUCUAAAGCCUAACAUAAUCUCUCAUGGUGCUGACCAAUUCAGAAAAGAUGACUCUAAGCAAUCGAAGAUACUCUCUACAUACUUCAACUGUGCCUACUUCGCCUUCUGCACCGGUGAGCUUGUUGCACUCACUGUUCUUGUCUGGGUGCAAACACACUCGGGGAUGGACGUCGGAUUUGGAGUCUCUGCAGCUGCCAUGGCAGUGGGAUUGAUCAGCUUGAUUUCUGGUACUUUUGUUUACAGAAACAAACCGCCUCACGGAAGCAUCUUCACGCCAAUUGCACAAGUUUUUGUAGCUGCAAUUACAAAGAGAAAGCAGAUUUGUCCUUCAAAUUCAGAGAUGCUUCAUGGAAGCCAAAAUAUCGUGCAAGAACGUGCCACGUCAGUAAAUGUCACCAAUCUCUUUCAUACAGAAAGGUUCAGAUUUCUGGACAAGGCCUGCAUCAAAGUUCAAGAUGGAACUCAAAUGAGUGAAAGUCCAUGGAGACUAUGCACUGUGACGCAAGUUGAGCAAGUGAAGAUAAUCAUGUCACUCGUUCCCAUCUUCGCGUGCACCAUAAUCUUCAACACCAUUUUAGCUCAGCUCCAAACAUUCUCAGUCCAACAAGGAAGCGCCAUGAACACGCGCCUCACAAAGAACUUCCAAAUCCCACCAGCGUCUCUUCAAUCCAUCCCUUACCUAAUGCUGAUAUUUGUAGUCCCUCUCUACGAGACUGUUUUCAUCCCGAUUGCUAGGCGAAUCACUGGAAAGGACUCAGGAAUCUCGCCUCUACAAAGAGUUGGCAUCGGCCUCUUUCUAUCGACUUUCUCCAUGGUCUCGGCUGCAAUGGUAGAGAACAAGAGACGAAACUUAUCUCUAAACUUAAACAAGACCCUGUCCAUAUUCUGGAUCGCGCCACAGUUUCUCAUAUUCGGCCUCUCAGAGAUGUUCACCGCGGUGGGACUUAUCGAGUUCUUCUACAAACAAUCCUUGGAAGGGAUGCAAUCUUUUUUGACUGCAAUGACUUACUGCUCAUACUCAUUUGGGUUUUAUUUGAGCUCCCUUUUAGUAUCUCUAGUGAACAAAAUUACCUCAAGCUCUUCUAGGGGUGGAUGGCUUAGUGACAAUGACCUCAACAAGGACAGACUUGACCUUUUCUAUUGGUUGUUAGCUGCACUAAGCCUCAUCAACUUCUUCAACUAUCUUUUCUGGUCCAGAUGGCAUUCUUACAACCCAUCUCUAUUACCCACUCCACCACUUGAGCCCCAAAUACAAGAUUCAGAUAACCACAAUUUCAACUCUUCAAAGGGUAUUGGAUCUGACAAUAUUAUGCCUUGAGUAACAUUUUCUCUCUCUAAUGAUUCCCCCCUGAUCACCCUUCACUUGACUUGUGUACUAAAAAAAAAAAAAAACCCUAGAAGAAUGAUUAUCAUGAUAAACUUAGACCCACUCAGUGCACCUGCUAGGUUGACCACUAUAGUGCAUAUGUGUUUAGUUGGUUCCCUUGUUUUAUAAUAGUAAUUGACUAUGUGGAUGGACUUAUUAGGGUCCCCAAGCUCUUAAGUAGGAUCUACAAGGAAGUUAGGCCAAGUCUGAUUCAAUGAACUCUCAUAACUUUCCUUCCUUUUGUACAUUUUGGUGGAAACAAGAAAGAUGCAAGUGGUGGGGUUGUGCUUUGUGCUUUAAUUAGUUAAUAGAAGAGUAUUUUUAAAGCAACUCUAAUCUUUUGAAUGUGAAUCAUGAGUAUGAAACAUGUUGUUGCUUCUAUGCCUUCUAUGAAUAAAGUCAAAAAAAAAAAAACAAUGAAAA